ACUGGUGAGCCAAAUUAUGACUCUGACUUGCACGCGUUUGAUGUAGAAAUCUCUUGCUCCAUACAAGAUUUGGUUCGUGGUCCCUCAAUUUUGCCGAGUUUGAUUCCUUGAGAGUUACAAAAUUUCAGAACAAACAUGAUGAAUGCCAUCCGAAACCUUAUCAAUGCCCCGCUUUCUCCACCCAAUUUGGCUCAUAUGGUCACCAUACAAAACACUGAGUCUCAUGAAAAGGAGUCAAAGGAUGACUCUGGCGUCGAAUCGUAUGUUGAGGAUGACGUGGACAGUGGGUCUGAGGCCAUAAACAAAGAUGACAGGAGGUCUAACGCCGUGAAAAAAAAUGAAGGGUCUCCUACAGAAGAUGUUGUUGAUGCCUACAAGUGCGAUCCUACAUCCCAUGAAUUUUAUGCCUCGAUAAAUACCUUGGCGUGUGUAGACAAUGUCAACUACGAAGUUCUAGGAGAUGUAGACCACGUAGUAGAGAACUCAAUUUCGCUGGACACUUUCAAAUUGUUUGACAUUGUUGAUGUUGUCGAGUCUGAGUACCAAGUUUCAGAUGAGACAGUUCAAUAUAGGUUUUUCUCGUCUCAUAUUCUCUCUGCUACAUUGCAAUUGGCAAGGUUCAUGAAAAAAGGGUCACCGGGUGGACUCUUUUGGUUCAGCAUUCUUUCUCCAAUCUUAAAGCACGAGUGGGAGCCUCCACCUUGAGGACAAGGUGGAUUUUAAGGGGGUGGGAAUGAUACGGAUAGUUAAUUAGA